CACUGACAAUGAAAAUAUUUCAACUUAAAGACACUAAAUAUAACAUCCACACUCCAAAAUAAUUAUGAAGUAUUAAAUUUCCUGUUCCUUUGUUCCAGUUUUUGUUCUUCAAGCUCCUAUGGUUCCAACUACCAAAAGCCCCUAAAAUAAAAGUAGAACAAAACUACCCUUUUGUUCCACAAAAAUCACAGGAAGAAAUACAAGCUAAUCCAAAGUUAAAUAUACACCAAAAAAUGUUAAACCUACCCUUUUCUUCCAUAAAAAUCCUGCUCUCUUUUUUCACCCUCCUACUAACUUGCAAGCCCUUUCUGGUAAGCCCAUUGUCUCAAAACUCUGAACAGGCAAUCCUGUUAAUGAUUAAGCAACAAUGGGGCAAUAUAUCACCAAUGCAGUCAUGGAACUCAACCACUGCCAUUUGUCAUUGGCCCGGAAUCAAUUGCACUGGUGGCGAAAGCGUCACUGGAAUAGCCCUGAAUAGCCAUAAUAUCAAAGGCGAAAUUCCACCGUUCAUUUGUGAUCUCGAAAAUCUCACCUUGCUUGAUCUUGGAAACAAUAGCAUCCAAGGAAACUUCCCCACAUUUUUAUACAACUGUACCAAGCUCCAGACUUUAAUCCUAUCUUCAAACUACUUUGUUGGGCUAUUACCCAAUGACAUAAGUAGGCUUUCUCCAAAACUCCGACACCUUGACCUUAGUGCAAACAACUUCACUGGUGAUAUUCCGACCUCAUUAGCUCAGCUGAAAGGAUUGAUCACCUUGCGUUUAGAAUCCAAUGUGUUCAAUGACACAUAUCCAUAUGACUUGGGUAACUUAGAAAAUCUUGAGGAAUUGGGUUUAGCUUACAACCCAUUUUCCCCUGCAAAUUUGCCCAAAGAAUUUGGGACACUCAAGAAUUUGAAGUUUCUUUGGAUGACUCAAUGCAAUUUGACCGGUAUAAUCCCAGAAAAUCUUGCUAAUCUGACGAACCUUGAGCAUUUAGACUUGGCGUCGAAUGAUUUGGUCGGUGGAAUACCGAGGGGGUUGUUCAUGCUCAAGAACUUGACAUAUGUAUACUUGUACAGAAAUAGGCUAUCAGGGGGAAUUCCUUCCUCAAUUGAGGCUAUAAAUUUAGUGGAAAUCGAUCUUUCGAUGAACAAUUUGAGAGGAAUAAUCCCUGAUACAUUUGGAAAUCUGCUAAAGUUAGAGAUCUUACAUUUGUAUCACAACACAUUCCAUGGACUACUUCCACCAAGUAUAGGCCUGCUUCCUUCCUUAAAGCAAUUGAAGUUAUUCAACAACCAAUUUUCGGGUCCACUUCCCCCAGAAAUGGGCCUACACUCGAAACUCGAGGGCUUUGAAGUGUCAGACAAUGCAUUUACCGGCCAACUGCCGAGGAAUCUUUGCGCCGGUGGGAGCUUAGUGGGUGUUGUGGCAUUUAGCAACUAUCUAAAUGGGACAAUUCCAAGUUCUCUAGGCCAAUGCACCACUCUGCUAGUCAUUUUACUCUCCAACAACCACUUCUCAGGAGUUUUACCGCCAAAACUAGGCUUCCUUUCUCAGCUUAUCUCAUUUGAUGUUUCAAUAAACCAAUUCUCUGGAGUGAUCCCAUUGUCCCUAUCUAAGCUCAAUGCCUUGCAAACUUUGUCGGUCCAUCGUAACAACUUUUCAGGGGGGAUCCCUUCUGGCCUGUUGAUGUUACCUAAUAUACUAUUCUUGUUUCUAAGUAACAACAGCUUUUCUGGGAAGUUUCCAUCUCAAUUGUCAGAAAAACUGAUUUGGCUUGAUAUAAGACAUAACAAAUUUUCAGGUCCUAUUCCUUCCAGUAUAGCCAGCUGGGAAAAUCUUGUUGAAUUUAGGGCAAGCAACAACCAGUUCUGGGGAAAUAUUCCAGUAGAGUUGACUGCUCUGUCAUCUCUUCAUGUUCUUCUACUCGAUGGUAAUCAAUUAUCUGGUGAGCUACCAUCAAGGAUCAUUUCUUGGAAAUCACUGGAUACGCUAAACCUAGCUCAGAAUAACCUUUCAGGUCCACUCCCAGCAGCCUUAGGUACUCUGCCUAGACUUAAUUCUUUAAACCUCUCCAAUAACAAGCUAUCAGGUCAAAUCCCUUCUGAUUUAGCACGGCUAAUAGCAGGGCAAAACCUUAUCACACUUAAUCUCUCUUCUAAUAGCUUCAGUGGGAAGAUCCCAAAUGCAUUUCACAACAGCGAAUUUAAUCAGAGUUUCUUAGACAAUGCCAAUUUGUGCUCAGACAAACAAAUUUCAGACCUUCAUCGAUGCUCUUCCUCACGAAACAAAUAUCUUCCCCUGAUUCUAGUUCCUGGAGCAAUCUUUUUUCUGACUUUUCUGUAUUUCGCGUUCUUCAGAAGUAGCAAGGGGACACAGCAUGAGAAUUCUAGUGAGCACCAGGUAUGGGAACUGAAACCAUUUCACAGGGUAGACUUCACUGGAACAAUGAUUGUGUCUGGCCUGACAGACGAUAACAUGAUUGGAUCUGGGGGGUCAGGAAAGGUAUACAGUAUUAUUGUGAAUGAUUCAGACGAAAAAGUGGCUGUGAAAAGAAUCUGGAGUGGCAAAAAAAUUGAAGGCGCUCUUGAAAAGCAAUUUCUGACAGAAGUUGAGAUCCUGGGCACAAUUAGACAUGCUAAUAUAGUGAAGUUGCUGCGUUGUGUUUCAAACGCCCAUGUUAAGCUUCUUGUAUAUGAAUACAUGGAGAACGAGAGCCUUGAUAAGUGGCUUCAUAUGAAAAAAAGAGACAAUGAGCCAUCAUCAAUGCACUCGGGGACAUCAAUGAGCAAUCCGGAUGAAAAUAUUGUUCUAGUUUGGCCAACACGACUGAGAAUUGCUGUUGGCGCUGCAAAGGGAUUAUGCUAUUUGCACAAUGACUGUUGUCCUCCCGUCAUUCAUAGAGAUGUUAAAUCAAGCAAUAUCUUGUUGGACUCUGAGUUCAAUGCCAAAAUUGCAGAUUUUGGACUAGCCAAGAUGACAGACAAGACAGGUGAACCUUACACUGCAUCUGCUGUUGCAGGCUCUUUUGGUUACAUAGCUCCAGAAUAUUGGCAAACAAAAAGGCUGAAUGAGAAGAUUGAUGUUUACAGCUUUGGAGUUGUCCUUCUAGAACUAGCAACAGGGAAAGAUCCGUGUACGGGAAAUGAGCACUUAAACCUGGCAGACUGGUCAUGGCAACACUGUUUUGAGGAACAUCCUAUCAUUGAUGCCUUAGAUGAGCAUAUCAAGGAACCAAGAUUCAUAGAACAGAUGGUGAAAGUGUUUAAACUAGGUCUCAUAUGCACAAGCAAGAUGCCAAGUUCACGACCAUCUAUGAAACAGGUUCUACAGCUACUUAAUGCAUGCAGCCACUAUGAAGGUUAAUGAGGAAUGAGUAUAAUAAAAGUAAACCAUGCCUAUGUGGAGGAAGACAUCUCAUGUAGCUAGUGGAAAAGAACCAGAAAGCAAAAAUUAGAAAGAAUGACAAGGUGGUGGUAUCAAUAAUUUUGUUAUACUAGACUGCUAGUUGCCAAUGAGCUAAAAAUGUAAUUGACACCAGCAUUGUUCUUUAGUGGAUAAGAGAGAUCAUAUAGAUUAUGGGCGAGCAGGAAAUUGAGUAUAUAGAGGCAAGCUUAGAGAGUGUUUGUUUGGGAGCAACAUAUUUUUGAUGACAUGGUUUUCCAGUUUUCCUUUGUUUGAAUUGUAAAGUUUUUCUAAGAGCGGAAAACAAUUUCUUUUUCAAAAAUAAGAAUUACCAUAUUUACCUCCCUUUUCUUCAAUUACCUUUUUCCUUUCUUCCCUCUCAUCCAUUCUAUUCCACUUGAUUUCCUUUUCUCUCUAACUUUCUUGAAAAGAACCAAACA